AUGUUCACAGGCCGUUCCAGUGGCGACCCAAUCGUGGCGACUCCGUUAUCGCCCAAGUCAGACGACGGCAAGGCGAUAUUGAGUCCCGGUUCGAUUGAUCGUGUCUUCCCGGCUCGUUCUGCCAUUUCGAUUGAUCCUGUCGCCACCCCUAUGCCUCGUAUGGAUUCUUCUGGGGGUUAUCCAGGCAUGAGGGCUGCUGCCAGGCAGAGGGCUCCAAGUAUCACGCUCUCCGGGCAGCCGCCUGUACCGACAACAAGAACAACGUCAGUCUCCGAUGCAUCGGAGAUUGGCUCGGUGUCGGACGCUGCUCAACGGCCUUUUGACUCCGCUCCUCAAGCCAGCGGCAACCUCGACCAUAAAAUCUUGGCCAAUAUGGUCACUGAGGAUACCGCCUCCCGUAAGUCAGAAGCCUCGAGCGUCUCUGGUGGUAUGCCCAUCCCAGCGCAGCAGGGCACGGGAUUGGUCACGGCACGGUUCAAGCAUGUGGUCACUGAGGAAGGUCACGCGGUCGUUACCGGGCGAGACGGAGAGACGCUGCAGAGAUGCGAGGACGAGCCUAUCCACAUUCCCGGUGCCAUUCAGAGCUUUGGACUUCUGAUUGCUCUACGAGAGGAGAACGAGAAACUGGUUGUUCGAAUUGCGAGCGAAAAUUCUGCCCAGAUCAUCGGUUAUACACCCCAGCAGCUCUUCAAAGUCGAAUCCUUCUUGGACAUCUUUAGCGAAGAACAGGCUGACAACCUGCUGGAUCAUGUCGACUUCAUCCGUGAAGAGGGCGCCGGAGAUGCAACCUCCACUGGUCCUGAUGUUUUUAUGCUUUCGAUAAAGCCUCCACACUCCCGCACCCGGAGGCUGUGGUGUGCCAUGCAUCUGUCGGAGACAGACGCCGGACUGCUUAUCUGCGAAUUCGAGCUGGAAGAUGAUACGAUAAACCCGCUCGUCCCCUCAGAAGACCGGAUUACUCCCGAGGCUCCCGAAGACACACUCGGAAGUCAACCUACUCAAGAAGAGCUCAUGGAUAGCACGGUCAAUAUCAGCAAACCACUGCGCGUCUUAAGAAGUGCCCGUAAGAAGAGAACUGAGGCUGCGGCUAUGGAGGUCUUCAACAUCAUGUCCCAGGUGCAGGAACAGCUUUCCACCGCCCCGACGCUUCAAACAUUUCUCAAGGUCCUGAUUGGUAUUGUCAAAGAGUUGACUGGGUUUCAUCGGGUGAUGAUCUACCAGUUCGACCAUUCUUGGAAUGGACGGGUUGUCGCAGAACUUGUUGAUCCAAGAGCGACCAAAGAUCUGUACAAAGGAUUAAACUUUCCAGCAUCAGACAUUCCUAAGCAGGCACGAGAUCUGUAUAAGAUCAACAAAGUUCGACUACUCUACGAUCGCGACCAAGAGACAUCUCGGCUGGUUUGCAGGACUUUGGAGGAUCUUGAGAGACCUUUGGAUAUGACACAUGCCAAUCUACGGGCAAUGUCGCCCAUCCAUAUCAAGUACCUUGCCAACAUGGGCGUCCGAUCGUCCAUGUCUAUAUCCAUCAGUGCCUUCAAUGAGCUGUGGGGCCUGAUAUCAUGUCACUCUUAUGGAUCGCGGGGCAUGAGGGUCUCGUUCCCUAUCCGCAAGAUGUGCCGCCUGGUGGGAGAGACGGCUUCGAGAAAUGUGGAACGACUUUCAUAUGCCUCACGAUUGCAAGCGCGCAAGCUAAUCAACACCUCUUCUACUGCUACGAAUCCCUCGGGCUACAUUGUGGCGUCAUCCGAUGACCUGUUGAAGUUGUUCGAAGCCGACCUUGGCGCCCUCUCGAUCAGAGACGAAACGAAGAUUUUGGGCAAUCCCAGGGGCCAUCUCCAGGAAGUCCUUGCCAUGGUGGAGUAUUUGCGGAUGCGAAGGAUGAGUGCUGUCUUCUGUUCUCAGGAUUUCACCAAUGACUUUCCCGACCUACGAUACGAACCAGGCUGGAAGUUUCUCGCUGGCGUCCUGUUUGUGCCUCUGUCGACUGGCGGCAACGACUUCAUUGCUUUCUUCCGGAGAGGCGUGUUGCAAGAAGUCAAGUGGGCGGGCAAUCCUUACGAGAAAUUUGUUAAAGAAGGCACUGAGGGUUAUCUCGAGCCGAGAACGAGUUUCAAGCAGUGGACUGAAACCAUCGUUGGUCGAUGCCGAGAUUGGACGGAUGAAGAGAUUGAAACCGCUUCGGUGCUAUGCCUCGUCUAUGGCAAAUUCAUCGAGGUCUGGCGCCAGAAGGAAGCCGCGCUACAGAACAGCCAGUUGACCCGCCUCCUACUAGCAAAUUCUGCACAUGAAGUCCGGACACCGCUGAAUGCGAUCAUCAAUUAUCUGGAAAUUGCGAUGGAGGGAGCGCUUGAUCAGGAUACUCGAGAAAAUUUGGCCAGAUCACAUUCUGCCUCGAAAUCGCUGGUCUAUGUCAUCAACGAUCUUUUGGAUCUCACGAAGACAGAAGGUGGUCAGACAUUGGUCAAAGACGAGCCAUUCAACCUGCUGCAGACCAUCAAAGAUGCCACUAAUCCGUUCAUUGGUGACGCCAAGCGGAAAAAUCUAGAGUACGAGGUCGAGAUCUCGCCAAGUCUUCCACGAAGCGUCCUUGGAGAUCAUCGACGAGUCCGACAAGUCGUGUCCAAUCUCAUCGCUAACGCGGUACAACACACGAGGGAAGGAAAGGUCGUUGUGGAAGCAUAUCCGUGUCCAACUUCACAACCGCAACCGGGCAAGACAGAGAUCGAGAUAGUCGUUGAGGAUUCUGGUGCCGGAAUGUCGCAAGCCAAGGUUGAUGCCUUGUUCAAAGAGCUAGAAGAAGUCUCCUACGAAGAGGAUUUGCCGGAUUCAAAGGCAAUCAUAACCGAUCCGUUGCCUGAGCAGCCGCAGUCCGAGAACGCAACUCUAGGGCUCGGGCUCGCGCUGGUCGCCCGCACCAUUCGCAACAUGAAGGGCCAACUUCGGGUGAAGACAGAGGAAGGGAAAGGCUCAAGAUUCGUGAUAGUAUUAGGUUUCGAUACCGAUGGCCCGGAACCAGUUCAGCUCGCGAUCCAGCCAACAUCGCCGGAUCUGAGCUCUCGGCCAGCAACCUCGCCAGGCCACCAAGAAGGCGAGGUCACUCUGAUUUACAGGAACCCGCAAAAGGGUCCGGACUCAAUGAGUACGAGGCCUGCUCCUCCGCCUCGGAGGGCAAGUGCAGAAAGUAUGAAUAGUUUGGCAAGCUUGAAGAGCGCCAUGAGCCUGAAAAGCGACACUAGCCGGAAAAGUGGUGCGGACAGACUCAUUGACGCCAUCCAGCAACCUCUACAAUUCGCUGAUCAGAAGACCAGUAGUCCUGGACCGACGCACGACGAAGCAUUCCGCCGCAGAUCUCUCGAGUCACCAACCAAGUCCAAAAGCCUGCCUUCCCCAAGAGACCUCAAAUCUGCUAUGCGGACAAGCGGCUGGGAAAAGGUGAAGGAUUCUGGCACGCCACUUCGACCUGUGCGAGUACCAGAUGACCAGGAGGAUGGGGCCAGUGGCUCGAAGAUCGGACCGCGAAUACUCUUCCGGGAGCCAGUGUCGGAGUGUUCCCAGUCUGAUACCACCGAGGUCAGCAAAGCAAACCCGACCGAGAACUUUUCUGUGUUGGUUGCCGAAGACGACCCGAUCAACAGCAAGAUCAUGAAAAAGCGGCUUGAAAAGCUGGGACAUUCCGCCCAGAUGACAGUGAACGGUGAAGAGUGUUCUUCGGCGUACGCAGAACAGCCUGCCUGGUUCGAUGCUAUCCUCAUGGACCUUCAAAUGCCCAUCGUGGACGGCUUCAGCUCGACUAAGAUGAUCCGAUCCUUUGAAAAGACCCAGGGCAAGUCGUGUCUGUCCAGUAGAGCUGGACAGAACGGACGGCUCCCCAUCUUUGCGGUCUCUGCUUCACUGGUGGAAAAGGAGCGCAACAAGUAUGUUGACACGGGGUUUGACGGGUGGAUCUUGAAACCAGUGGACUUCAAACGCGUCGACCUCCUGCUCAAGGGCAUCGUGGACGGGGAAGCUCGGAACGAAUGUCUUUACGAGCCCGGAAAAUGGGAAAGAGGAGGAUGGUUCUCCACAAGGGAAGAACAGCACAAUCCUUUUGAUGUGGACACGCAUCCGAAUCAAGAAAAGCAGGCGACUAGCGUACCGGGCCCAGCGUCGACGGGUGAUGGGGCUCAGGUAUCUUCCUUGUCGGACGGCCCGGGGACGGAAAGAUGA